GAGAAAAGCAUUAGAGAGAAGCCGGCGUCGGCUUUCUGGCCGUGGAGGCGAUGCAGCUGAGGCGCUCGUUGCUCUUUUGAGAGCCCUCGGGCAGGAGGGCUGCCUGGGUCCCUGGCGAGCCCGCGCAAAGGACGGGCGCUAUGCGGGGCCUGCUGCCCCUCCUCUGCCGGCGUCUUCAGAGAGCCCCGGCUGCGGGAGAUCCGGGGAGGCUCCGGCUUUGCCACGAGGCUCCGGCUCCCGCAGCUUCCGGAGGGAGCAAAGGCAGCGUCCAGCUAGGUAUACAACCUACCUUUGGCAUUCUGUUUGAUAUUGAUGGAGUAUUGGUACGAGGAAGGACCCCAAUUCCUGCUGCCCGAAAAGCCUUUCAAAAACUACUUAAUUCUCAGGGACAACUUUUGGUGCCUGUAGUAUUUGUUACUAAUGCAGGAAACUGUCUGUGUCAGAAGAAAGCAGACCAGCUGUCCCAUCUUCUUGAAGUCCCAAUUUCCAAAGAUCAAGUUGUGAUGUCCCACAGUCCUUUGCGAAUGUUUAGGCGUUACCAUGACAAAUGUGUUCUUGUAUCAGGACAAGGCCCACUCCUUGACAUUGCUAAGCAUCUUGGAUUUUGUCGGCCUAUUACAAUUGACAUGUUGCGAGAAACCUAUCCCUUAUUGGACAUGGUGGAUCAUGACAGAAGACCUAAAGUUUUGCACUUACCCACAAUGGAUUUCCCCAAGAUUGAAGCAGUUAUUUUGUUUGGUGAGCCAGUGAGGUGGGAAACCAACUUACAGUUGAUAAUAGAUGUUCUUUUGACAAGUGGCUAUCCUGGAAAUCCUUAUCAACGAACGUAUCCACAUAUUCCUGUAUUGGCUUGCAAUAUGGACUUGAUGUGGGCAGCUGAAGCUCAAUCCCCAAGGUUUGGGCAUGGAACAUUUAUGGUUUGUUUGGAAAAUAUUUAUAAGAAGAUCACUGGCAAAGAAUUGAAAUAUGAAGCAUUGAUGGGGAAGCCUAGUGAAGUGACUUAUCACUAUGCAGAGUACCUCAUUAGGACUCAAGCAUCUGCAAAGCAGUGGAAGAGCCCUAUUCAAACGUUGUAUGCCAUUGGGGACAACCUGAUGACAGAUAUUUAUGGUGCUAAUCUUUACAACCGCUACCUUGAAGAGAAGAUCUCAAGAAGAAGUUCUAAGGCUCAUGUCCAGGCCAAAGCGCUGGGGGGCACAAGAUCUGCCACCGUUUCUCAGGAAGAGGAGCUUGAGAAUUCUUGGGAAAAUGAACUUGCAUCAGCUACUGCCACAAGAUGUACAUCUGUUCUUGUUUGCACCGGAGUUUAUAACCCUCACACAGAGGUGCCCUCUGAUACAAGGGAGAACAUCACUGAGACUGUCUUUCAUGGGCACAGAGAUUUCAGAUUUGAUCCUGCUUUAGUAGAACCAAACCACAUAGUGUCAGAUGUUGAAGCUGCUGUUGAUCUCAUAUUUCAACUGGAAACCUUUGUACCACAUGAAAAUUGCAGGACUUCCUAAUGACUUUGUGAUGCUGUUAUAGUCCUUUUCCUUCUGAAAAACUAAGAGGGGUACUUAAUAUCAAACAGUCUUUAACAUACCAAUGUUUUUAUGUAACAUUUCUAGGACAUUUCUAAAAAAAAAACCAAAACAGAACAGUACAUCCCAUAUAUUUCUUUUCUGUGCCGAUUUAUUUUAAAGACCAAAACUGUUAUGAAUUGUACGUUUUAAUAAAUUUUCUUCUACAUAUUGACUUCACUACAUAUUGAUUCAGAGAUCAAUCCAGAUUUGAUUAUUAAUGUCAAACAUUAGGUGCAUUUGGCAGUCAAAAUUGUAAAACAAGCACGCUAUUAAACUCCAUACAUUGCACUUAAUUCCCAAGGAAUUAAAAUGUGCCCAUCUAUAGUAUCCAACUUUUUCUUUAUUCCAUUACCUUCCCUUGGAUCAAUGCUCUGUAUGAACCACAAAAGCUGCAUGUUGAUGCUUUUCUUUUGUAUUCAAUUUGAGAUUGAAUGAGAGAAUUCAUAAGUGAACAGAAGGGCUUUGCCGAGGUAGGUAUAUGCAGAAUCCAUUAAAAUGAAUGGGGUUUGCAGGACAGCAAAUACUAUUUUGCUCAAAUCCCACUUUGAAUAAGCUGCCUAAAGUUGUUUCUGUCAGACUUUGCCCUUUGGGUUUUAUUAUUAAUCAUUCUGGUGUUUUUGCUGCACUGAACAACAGAAUUUAGUAGUUUCUUGAGCUUUUAGUUUUAACUUGAAACUCCGCAAGGGCAAUCAGGUAGUGAUAAGAUAAUGUUUUAUCUUCCUUUUGCUACUAAAUGUUACAUGUUUAAUUUUUAAGAACUAUGUAUUCAUAAAUGUAAACUGUAAAUUUUAUGUCUUAUUUUAUGAAACUUUGUUAACUGUAGCAGUCUGCCCAGUAAAAUAUUUUCUAUUUUAGAAAGCACAAAUUUUUGUUCAGUGUUCUAAUCCCUCUUUAAGGUUUUUUUAGUUGGGAGCUAUCCAUUAUCUGUAAUUUCUUCAUUUUGUUCUUGGGACAAUUAAAGUCCCUUUUUUAUCCUGUUUAGUUUUUGUUAUGAAUCUGUGGCAAGAAACUUUAUCAAAACUUUGAUAGUGCAAGCAGGUAUUGUCUUUUCACCCAAGCAUUUUUAUAUGUGUCACUCUUAAUACAUUUUAAUAGGAAAGCCUGCUAAUCCCUUUUCUGCAUUUUUUCCUUCUGCACAUUUUCCAUCAGCAUGGCCUCAGUCCCUAUAAUUUCUUAGCUUCCACACUUCAAAUGUUUAUAUUUUGUUGUUAAAAUGGCCUUUGUCCACUUAUUAAAUAUGAAGAGCAAACACAGAACUAAUUCAAUAUUUUUUGUUACAGCAGUCAUUUUCUCUUUCAUGCAAAUCUUUAUUUACUGAAUAUUAUCAGUAUUUAAUCAAUUUAUACAUUGCUUUGCAUAGCAAGGAAUAUAACUUUUUCAGCAAUUCCCUACUGAAGAUUUGUGUUUUGCUAAAAACACAGAUACAAAGAAUUUCAUUUGGACUUCAUGUUUCUCCUCUUCACACAUUUAUCUAAUCUAUUUCAGACAUUCCCCCAAUUUUCUGGGGAUUUUAAGGCAUAAAUGGAGCUGUUUGUAUGCUUUUCAGAUUAGUUUCUUUUCUUUUUUCUUUCCUUUGUCAAAGCUUCAGGUCCUUUUUGUUUCCCUUGAGUAAGACUUAGCUUUAAAAAAAAGAAUCCUGCUUUCCAUGCUGGCAUAGUUUUCCUGACCUACAGCAUGUAUACUAUCUGAGUUUGCAGUAUGGAAAAUACUCAGGCAUUCUGGGGAAACUGAACUUUCAAUUUUUCUAUUAACCUUUCUUAACCCUUACUUUUUCAUUAAAAACAAAAUGGGGAAAUGCUUAUACAGAUGUCUAAAUUUUUCAAAAUCUUGUUAAAAAAUAAAAAAUAUCAAUGUUUUAAUUGGCAGUUGAAAUUACUACUACUCGACGGCCUCCAUAUGAGCAACCUUAUGAAAGGUAUUAUGUUCUCCCAAAAAGCAACCAGGUCUGUUGCAGACUACUGCCACAAACUAUUGCAUUAACCAGUAGCAUGUUCACAUGACUACAAGGAAAAGAUUAUCUAAUCACUUGGUCAAUCAUUACUGUUCUGAUGAUUAAACUUUACAAAACUCUGAGUCUGUGGAGUCCUAGACUAAAUAAUGCUAUCGGACAAAAAUUGAUCUGAAUAUACUUCAUUCCAGUUCAACACUCACCUCUUAUCUGUUUUACCUAACUAUAUCUGUAGAGUUAGAUAUAGAGUUCUGGGAGUUAGAUAACUCCCAGAAUUUUCAGAAAUUGGCAUGCUGAUUUGGAAGAUCUGGGAGUUGGAAAUAGUGGUACACAGAAGAGACAGGGAUGGUGCGUCUUGUGUGCGGGAAUACAGAACUAACCAAGUGGAGAACCUGAUGGUAUCGGAUAUCAACGAAGUAAGACUGGUGGUUUCUGGCAAUAAAAAAAAGACUACAUUUAAAAAAAACUGGAUGCGUACAAACCUUGAUGGACACAGGGCUAAGAAAUAAGAACUGUGAGCAAUCACAGACUAUAUACAUAACAGUACAUCUAGAGGGAAUAGAAAAGCUUUGGGCCUUCAGAACUUCUGAGACCAAAUAAGAUUGAUGAGGAAUGAUGAUGAUGAUAUGAUGAUGAUGAUUAUGAUAAUGACCAAAAAAGGAAGAGAAGGAAAUGCAACCUGAAUGUAGCUAAGUUUGCUACCUUCCUGUAUUUGUUAGUUGGCACUUGACUCUACCACGUACCUGGAUAAUCAAGUGCCUAGAAAUAACUGGAAUAAGCAGUCAUAUCAGAGGCUUUAUGCAAAGAUCAAUGGAACAAUGAAAGACACACUUGCUGGCUAGUCUGGAAGAGGUUAACAUCAAGAGAGGAAUCUUUCAAGGAGACUUUCAUUACUACUGUUUGUCAUUAAUCACAAACAAGUCAUUGGUCACAAACCCAGCUCUGUGAGCGUCAUAUUUAGAAUUAAAUUUGGUGUGAAACAAUAAGAGAGAAAGAAACCUACCUCCUAUCAUUUAUAGAAUUUUUAUUCAACUAACAUUUUUCAAGGUGUUUGCCCUUCUUUUUGAAUGAACAAGAUAAAUGGAUCAUUUUUCUUAUGAACCAACAAGACAAUUUAAGAAAAUGAGUAUCACUGGGGAAAGCAUUGAAAUACAGUAGAUAUCCUGACCUAGUGCUAGAUCAGGUUGUAUGAUCAGCUAAGCAAUUCCUGUGAUGACUUGGGGCGUGGCACAAAGGCAACACAGUCAGAUAAUCAAUAGGAAUCCCUU